AUGGAUGAGGAGGAGAUAUAUUAUUGGAGAAAACAUGGAAGACCAUCCCCCGACAAUGACCGCCUCAGAAGUGCCCUCGCUGAAUACGUUCUUCAUCCUCUGAAAACCCGUGCCUCUAUCUUGAAAUCUACCUACAUUCCUAUUCCAUCUCUCCAUCAUGAGUACCCUGACUUUCAACCCAACAUCUUGUAUUCCCUGAACAGAAAACGACGAUGGGAAGCAGAAGAUUCGAUUGGAGUGGAUCUUUUGGAAGAACUCACCCAACUGAAUAAGGGGUGGAGGGUUACUGUAGUGGAGAGAGUCAUUGGAAUGACCUCUGUAUAUUUGUAUGGGUUGUGUGGGGAUCGUUUCGAGGAGUUCUAUCCGAUUAAGAAAUUCCAUUAUUUGAAUGACAACAAUGAGUAUAUGAAGAAAGUUGUGAAGUCAGUGCGAGGCCAGACUUAUCACAACUUUUUGAGACAUGAGGAGGCGGAGCCUAGGGACCAGGGAUCCAUUGCUUCAUAUCACUUUUUGAGAGCUCCUGCCAAUAUUGUGACUUUUUUGAAAAAGCGAUUCCAAGACAGCAAUUAUCAUGGUCAUAGGUGGCCACGAGCUGGUUAUUGGAAUCGGGUGAAUCGGGGAAAGGAUAGAAGGAUCGAGUUGAGAUACGAGGAAUUGGAAGAUUUGGAGCAAGAGGAGCAAGUGGAGCAGGUAGAUCAUGAUGAAAAGGAAGUGAAAUAUUACAACUUGGAGGAUCAUCUAAUUGAUAAGUUUGUGAUGGUGAAGAGGAGAAAAUCGGUUAAAUAA